CAGGACUGAUGAUGCUGUCGAUAUUUUGCUCAAGCAACAGUUGUCCUUUGUCAUCGUCGACAAUUUGAAAUUCGAGGGAUAUUUAUUGUCUAGUGAUUCAUGGUAUUCAGGCACACUUUUUCUCUUCGUCUUCGUCUUCUCAAUCAUCUCCGAGACGAGACAAGUGACAAAAACAACUUGAAGACAGAAAGCCAUACUCCCUAAGAAGGAUAAAUAUUCCGUUGCGAAGGAUACACGCAGAGAUGAAAAACAAAUACAAAAUAAAACACUCUUCGCUAAUGGCAUCACUGUCGUCGCGUCAGGGUGAACCGUGUGUGUGUGUGUGGGGGGAGAGUGUGCGUAUGUGUGUCGCCAAAAAAAUAAAACUCACAAAAAUUCCCAUGCGACCAUAAAUGUGUAUGGGAGUGAGUGCGUCUGUGUGUGUGUGUGUGACUGUUUGGCUAUAAUCCUUGGUGUAAAAUCUCUAGAAGCCAGUCAGUGUUUAUAUGACCGUGUUCGGGGUUCCAUCAUUGUUAAAAACGGAACAAAAAAUUGCAGUGAAAAUAAGUUAUCGUAAAUUUAGGAAAAAAAAAAAAACAACGAUAAUAAAACUCGACAAAUGCGUUGCCUUAAUCUAAGAACCCUCAGCCUGUUGAUCGGAUGGUUACAUUUGGUGUAUGCCACAACGGCUAUAGCGGGGGCGAUAUAUUUUGACUAUUAUGCCAAACAGAAAUUGGCUAAUACAUCGAAAUACGAUGAAUUUGUCCAGGUCGAAACUAUUGUCCUGGUUCUCUAUCUCCUGCUCAAUGUUUCACGCGUUAUUAUUUCGGUUUGUUUAAUUAAGGGAAUCAUGCAGAAUAAUCGUGAACUAAUGGUUCCCUUUGUCUAUGGCCAAUGUGUGAUUUUGGUUAUGUUUGUCAGUUUGGUCAUCAUCGAUGCCCUGUAUGACCUCAAGAAUGGCAAAGAUGAACCCUACAGUUUCUUGGAUCUGGUAUUGGAUCUUUCGUAUGCAUCUCUAACUGCACUAUUUCUUUGGCCAGUGUUUAAACUGUUCCGCCAAAUGGAAUAUCCAGAGGAAGGUAAUCAAACUGCUUUGGUGGAUGAUAAUAAUGGCACAGGGGUUUAAAAAAAUCAUGAAAGAUUAUCUCACGUUGUGGACUAGCAUGACCUCAAAGCAAAACUUGAUUGGUCAUCCCCCCAAACAGUGCCGUCCAGUUUUAUGCAAUAAAAUCAGAACCACCGAACAACAAAGAAAACGAUCAUAAAAUGGGUCCAGAUGCCUGCAAAUAGUUUCUAUUUGUAAAAAGAGGACAGUAUUAGAAAGAACACAAACCAUGAGGCUAUUUGGGAGGCAACUAAAAAGAAAUAUUAUCAAAACUAAGAAAAUACAGCAAAAAAAUACAAUUCAAAUAGAACAGAAUGAAAUGAAAUUCCCACAAGACCAACAAAAUAUCUUUUAUAUUUUACUUUAUGAUGUAGCAUUUACAUAAUUUAUAUUCUUAUAAUAAAUAUUAUUACAUUCGUAUUGAAACAUUAAUUUUUUAUAUCGACUGAUCGAAAUAUUGACCACUUGUAACGA